AUGCAAAACACUACUUCUUCUUCAUUCUACUCUCCUUCUCGAGGUUCCAUACAAGUAGGUGCAAUUCCGGUCACUGUUCCGAUCAUCGGUGACCCCGAUUCCGCACCAAGUGGUAUCAUCCUAAACGAUCCGACUUCCGUCAUGGUGGACACCCGCUCCGGUGAGAUGCGACGUCUGGAGGAAUCAGUCAAGGCUACUAUGGCUGAAUUCUCUGCAAAACUUACUGAAUCUGAGGAAGCACGCGACCUCACUAUGAAAGAAUUCCGAGAAGAGCUCCUAGCUCUUCAAUUGCAACAAAACGAACUGAUUUCUCAUUUUGUUCCACCGGCGAAUGGUGCUGCGAACGCCCAAUUUAAUGGUGCGGGUGUUGGAGCUCAGCCUCGCCAACAAUAUUUUGCUACUCGUCAAUCAAAGGUUGGCUUUCCUAUUUUCAACGGAGAGGAUUUAACUGGUUGGAUUCUUCGUUGUGAUCAUUUCUUCGCGGUGGAUCUGACACCGGAAGAGUCGAAAGUGCGUCUCGCGGUGAUCAAUUUCGAGGGCCGUGCACUUCAAUGGUUCCAAAAUUGGGCGAAAUAUCAAGAUAGAGCAAUGACUACGCCGUGGCCGAUGUUCCUGCGAGCUCUAGAAGGUCGAUUUGGUGAUCAACUACUCGGAGAUCCAAUGACUGAGCUUCUCACUCUCAAGCAAACAGGUUCGUUCGCUGAUUACCAUGACCGUUUUGAAUUGCUCCUUGGUCGCGUGUCCUUAUCUGAAUCUUAUGCUAUUAGCCAUUUCAUUAAUGGAUUGAAACCACAUGUGCAAAAAGCUGUGCGAAUGUUCAUGCCACAAACAUUAGUACACGCUUAUGCCUUAGCUAGACUUCAAGAUCUAUCUACUACUGUUAAAGAUGUCGCUCCUCAGAAUUCUAAGCGAUUUAAUAGCAGUGACUAUAGAUCUACAGCACACUCUACACCACUACUCCCCACCCCUACUAUGCCUGCUGUUAAAACUAAGAGAUUAUUAACUGAGGAAGAAAUGGCGGAUAAAAGAGCUAAGGGAUUGUGCUAUGGGUGCGAUGAAAAGUUCGAAAGGGGACAUCGCUGUGCUAGGAAGCAAUUAUACUUACUGGAAAUAGAUGAUGGAGUGAGAGAUUUCAGUGUUGAUGAUGAGAUUCAGGAAGAGGAAAUUAAUGAUGAUGAAAAUCCCCUGAUCUCAAUACAUGCUAUAAAUGGCUCUCCUUCCAGAGGCUUUCGUACUAUGCGCAUCACUGGCCGUGUAAGUAAGAAAGCUAUCCACAUUCUUAUCGAUUCAGGCAGUACUCACAACUUCUUAGAUUUACAUUUGGCAAAGAAAUUGGGCCUCCAACUCACUCCAGUAAAAUCAGUGAUGGUCGAUGUUGCUGAUGGUAACAGGUUGGAGUGUAAAUCUAUGUGCAAAGGCAUGCGUUGGUGGUUGAGAGGUACCCCUUUUGUCACAGAUGUUAUUCUACUUCCUUUGGGAAAUUGUGAUAUGGUGCUAGGCAUACAAUGGUUGGAGACAUUAGGAGUUAUCCAGUGGGACUUCAAGAAUUUAACAAUGGACUUCACUUUAAAUGGUCAAAGACAUUUGGUGAGAGGGAGCCAGAAAGAGCUAACAGUCCACACGGUUUCAGAAAAGGAAAUGACUAAACUCCUUACUCAUAAUGAUGGAAUUCAAUUGUGUUGUAUACAAGUCGAUAAUGAAAGGAACACUACUCUGCUUUCUGUGGAGAAAUCAGAUGAAUCUGAACUGCCAACUCCUAACAGUAUCAAGCUAUUUCUGGAGGAUCAGAAGGCUAUCUUUGCUGAGCCUACAUCCUUACCUCCCUUGAGAUCUCAUAGCCAUAGAAUCACUCUCAUACCGGGCUCUUCACCUGUAAAUUCAAGGCCCUACAGACAUUCUGCUUUACAGAAAAAUGUGAUUGAGAAGCAGGUAUCUGAUUUACUUAAACAAGGAUUUAUUCAACCGAGUUCUAGCCCGUUUUCUUCCCCGGUGGUCUUAGUAAAGAAGAAAGAUGGUACGUGGAGAAUGUGUGUGGAUUAUAGACAUUUGAAUAAGAUCACUAUCAAAGACAAGUAUCCCAUUCCUCUCAUUGAUGAACUACUUGAAGAAUUGAAAGGAGCUACGGUUUUCUCUAAAAUUGAUCUAAGAGCAGGGUACCACCAGAUCAGAAUGGAAGCUGAGGACAUCCCAAAAAACUGCUUUUCGUACACAUGA